CAAGAAGCAAAUGAAAGCGUUACAAGAUUCCACAAUAUAUUGACUAGGUAGAGAUAGAGUAGUAAUAUACGUAGCUUUAAUGGUAUGACUUUUUCUUGCAUAAAAGCUUUAACCACUUCUCUCUAGUUUCUUCAACAGAGACUGCCCUCUGCUCUUUUUCUUUUCCCAAUUAAUAGAAAUUAACCAUGGCUGGUCUUGGUCUACAAAGAUCUGCAGUGUCCUUCAGAAGACAAGGCUCAUCUGGUUUUGUUUGGGACGACAAGUUCUUGUCUGAAGAAAUCAACAAAGCUGAAGCUGCUGCUGCUGCUGC